GCUCAACCGUCGCCAUCCUGCACCCUGACCACCAUCUUCAUCAACGUUCGUGUUCGCAGUAAACAACAACUCUCGUUCUCUUCUUGCUAGAGGCAAUCAACACUCUCACACGUACAAUCUCGAAGGCCUGUUUACCCGAUACAUCAGCCAUGGAAAUUGUUUCGAAGCAAGAUCUCGGAAACUACUUGCCCGACGAUGCGCCGUGGUCAAGCUACCGUGACCAUAUUCUCCGAGUACAAUGUCUAAAGCGCUAUCUUGACGAUUUUGGCGACGUAGUGGGGCUUGUGAGCCGCCUCGAAGAAUAUCGACGUGGCCAUCCUGGUGAAGAACGACGUCUCUUUGACUGGCGCUUUCGCAAAUCCCCAGUCUAUGGCCGCGCAUUCAGACACGCUCUAGAUAAAAAAUACCAGGUCAUCGAGGUUGAAGAUAACAGCAACGAUACCUCGAUCGAGAAGCGAUUCACCCUGUUGGAGGCUUCCUCGGACAGGAAGUUUUAUGUCAUCAUUGGCAAAAUUCCCAUAUGUAGCUGUCCAUCCAGACAAGAACAAGGAGGUCGCAAAAACUACACUUGUGGCCACAUUGUCUACGUUCUUCACUUCGUCCUCGACUGUCCCGAGCCCCUCAGAUGGCAACAAGCUUUUCUCUUCAAGGAACUGCAGGCAAUCUUUCGCUACAGCACUGCUUUCCAUUACAUCUUUGACCUAGAACUAGACACCGCCUUCCUCCGCAACACCCAGUGCGCCCUUUGCUUCAGGAACUUUGGAGAACAAGGCCCAGUGAGGCGCGCUCAAUGUUGCGACCUGCUGGUGCACCCCGACUGCCUGGAUAUUCGGACAACGGAUCAUUGUAUCCUGCAUUCUUUUGCGUUGACCAAUAUGGGAAGCAGAGAAGCCAGUGCUGAUACUUGGUCGGAGCCCAGACCAUCACCUCCGAGGCUCUCCGAUGAUCAAAUAUUCAACAGCCAUCCUCGGCAGCCCUGCGAAGACGGAAACCACAUGUCAGAGUCAUCAAGUGGUGAUGAGGACGGCGUUGCGAAUAGAUCAAUAGACUUCUUCGCCGAAAGGAGUCAGAUCUCCCACCGCUCUCCCUCCGUCGAAUCGUCGACCCCCUCCUCCACUGGCUCAGUGGUCAUCAAGAAAGAGCCAGAGUCUCCUUGCCCUUCUCCGCGGAGACAACUGCCCUCAAGGGCUGCAAAGGAGGCCACUCGCGCCCGUCCGGACGCUUAUACGGGGUCGUCCCCCCGUAAGCAAGCGCUUACUCCGGGACGAGAAUGGACCCCAAAGCUCAGCAAGACGCCUAUUCCCUUGCCUGUAAUUCCAGGCUUUGCGCAGCAGCAGCUGUUUGGUAGUCAACCGGCUCGUCGCGUGGAGAAUGCCGUUCCGGCUCCUAUCGUUCCUGCGAGCACGCAAGGACGAUUUGGAAGUUUACGGGCAAUUGGUCGUGGUAGCCCAUUGCGUACUAUCACGACUGCUGAUCCCUCUCCCUCUCCCGCUUCUGCUACUGCCCCCUCGGCUUCUGGUCCUGCUGCUUCAGCUGUCUCCUUUUCAGGUGCUGAAGUCGCUCGUAUCCCAUCAUAUUCUCCCUAUUACGCUCCCCGCGCACCUCCCGUUAGUCCUGACCCCGGCCCCUUUAUUUCGCUGCCUAUCCCUCCCGCUGGUUCUACUUUCGCAUCUGUGUCAAUCCCCGUCACAGAUACCGUUUCUUCCCCUACCAAGGAGAAGAAGAUGAAGAGGAACCCAAAGAAGAAGAGGACCGCCAGCGCCGCCGCUGACCAAGCCAUCACUGCCGCGGACCAAGUCAGUCCCACCACUAUUCCCAACACGGCCGCCAUCAACACGACCGCGCAACAGACCGAAACCAACAAUUCCACAGCAGGGAAGCGAGAAAAACGCAAGGCGAGACUCUUCAAGCAAAUGUCCCGCCUUGAAGAAGACGCCAAGAAGGUGAGAGAGACCAAGAAGUAUGUCGAGCAGGAGCUGGCGAGGCUGGAGAAGAAGAAGAGCAAGGUAACGAAGAAGAUGACCAAGUUCUUGGAGACGGAGAGAGGUGUGUAG